GAAAACUAUUAUAAAAUGGGCUGUGUUUUAAUAAAGCAAGAAAAGAUAUAUGAAGAUCAUGUUGUACUGGCAGCUCAGACACAUUUUUCUUUGGAAGAAGUCAAGACCUUAAGUGAACUCUUCAGAAAAUUAAGCUGUUCUAUUUGCAAUGAUGGCUUUAUUAGCAGAGAAGAGUUCCAGCUUGGAUUAUUCAGAGAUAGCAGGAAGCAAUCUCUGUUUUCAGACAGGAUGUUCAAGUUGUUUGACUCCAACAAUGAUGGGCUAAUAGACUUUGGCGAGUUUAUUCGUACACUAAGCAUCUUCCAUCCUGAUGCUUCUCAAGCAGAGAAAAUUGCUGUUGCAUUUAAAGUGUAUGACUUAUGGCAAAGAGGCUUCAUUGGACGUGAAGAGGUGAAGGAGCUGAUUUUAGCACUAUUAUAUGAGUCAGAAUUGAUACUCACUGAUGAUAUAGUUGAAGCUAUUGUCGACAAGACAUUUGAGGAGGCAGAUUCUAAAGGGGAUGGAAAGAUAGAUAUAGAAGAGUGGAAUAGUUUUGCAGCUCUAAAUCCAUCUUUAUUGAAGAACAUGACAAUUCCAUAUCUCAAGGAUAUCACAGCUGCAUUUCCUAGUUUUGUGCUGAAUACAGAAGCGAAUGAUGACAUUUACAAGGAUUUCUGAGUUAUAUCUAAUUAAGGAAAAUGCAGUUGCUUUGCCGAGUUGUGAAUAAACAACUAAGUUUAACUGCACGAAUAUCAAAGGAAAAAGUACAAUUGUUAGGUUGUAAAAUGCAAAAUGUUUCCCUAACAUUGUAUUCUUGAAAAUUCAUCUGGUCAUUACAAAUAACAUCAUAGACGAUUAGUAUAAAGUAACAUCUGAAAAUGGUAAAUAAAAUAUAUGAAAUUUUUGUUGGGUCAAUCUGUUCUAUUCAAAUUGUAAGAAGCAAAAUAGUAAAUAGUGAAGACAAUCUACACCAGAUAAUAUU